UCAACACGUACCGUAUUAGUUCUGGAUUCAUUUAUGCUUUGUUUAUUGCGUGGAUCUCCAAAAUCCUUUUCAGAAUAUUUCUAAUCUUCACUAAACAAACACUAAGUCACAAUCCACUAUCACUAGUUCAUUAUUUUCUAAUAAUUUACCUUUUGAACUUAAAAUUAAUAAUUUUUAUCUUUGUUGAUAAUCAUGAUUGUCAUGUGGGCUGGAUAAUGAUGGGUCUAUUUUUUUCUAGCCUGUAAAGUUUAAUCAAAACUGAUAGCAUAGCAAAUGUCUAAAAUCUAGUUAGAAUAAUUUCAUAGACUAAUACUACCAACCUUUGUUUUGAUGCAGGUUCGUCUAAACUUUCAAAUAAUGGAGAAAAUCCUACCAAUUGGCAGAAAAAGUAAACUAAACAAACAUUAAUAUGAACAUUUAAAUAAUUUACAAAAAUCAAGUAAAUAAUGAAUAAAACUAUUAUUUACCAAUUGGAACAAAAAGGGAAAUGCGUUUGGUUCAUGUUUACUCAUUGUUUUGUCCUAUACGUCAACCAAAUCUCUUAAUCGAUCGGAUCUCAAUAUUAAUAUGUUCUCUCUCAAAAUAUUUUAUAACAUUCUCCUUCUCUAAAGGUUAAACACAAUAACAUGUUAUAAAAUGUAAUUAAAAUAUAUAUUUUAUAAUGUAUAUAUACUCAAUGGAGGAAAAUAAUUAAGGUACAUUUUUGUAAUUGUACGCCAUUACAGAGACAAACUUGUAAACUAGCAAAUUGGGUUACUAUAUAUAUUUUGCGCACACACACAAAAUAUGAUAAAUGUACAUAAUAAAUUCCAGCUUAUUCCUUUUCUCUUACACUCUGUAUAAACACUGCCAUUCACUAUAUAUAAUCGUCAGUAGUAGUAUUAAUCUUCCUCCAAGAUAGUAACUUGCUAACUAAAACUUGCAUUUAAUUUGAGAAUGGGAGGUUUAGGUUCACCAUGUGGAGCAUGCAAGUUCUUGCGUAGGAAAUGUAUAGAAGGUUGUGUAUUUGCACCAUACUUUUGCUACGAAGAAGGGUCUUCUAAUUUUGCAGCCAUUCACAAAGUGUUUGGAGCCAGCAACUUCUCCAAGCUCAUUUCUCAUCUCCCUGAUCAAGACCGAUGCGAUGCGGUACGAACCAUCUCUUAUGAGGCGCAAUCUCGUCUCCAUGAUCCUAUUUACGGCUGCGUCUCACAAAUCUUCUCCCUGCAGCAACAGGUUGUUAGUCUACAAGCACAAGUGGUUCUUCUUAGAGAAGAAGCUUCUAGAAAGUUCCCUCAAGGGGAUUGUAGUGAACAAGGGGAGUUUCUAGCUCAAGAUACACCCCAGGAUCUUCACAGUUGGUUUCACCAAGUAGUCUCGGACUCCAACCUUAACCAGAUGAGUGAUGUUGCAUCAACGUCCAUUGAUCACGACGAGUCACUUUGCAGGUCAAAUGAAUUUAUUUAUUACCAGGAAGUCAUGUUUCCAUGGUCUGUGUGAGUACAAGUGACUAGUUUGCUAAAGAAUGGGAUAAUCUUCUAAAAUCUCUGUUACUAUUGACUUUUUGAACGUGUUGCUUCUUUAAUGAUCCUUCAUAGAAAUAACAUUAGAUUUGAACGAGUGACCUAAAAGAGUAAAUCUUAAAAAUAUAAACUUACAAAAAAGAAGGUUCUUCCAUGUGUUUGAUUUAGAACCACUUAAGUAACAGUACAUAUUUUAGUUUUACAAAAUGAUGGACUCAAAUAUGUGAUUUUAUUCAAAAAAUAGUUAGAUAAGAUAUUUUGUGAAUGAUAAAAAGGCUUUUUGGCUUUAGGCCACCACAACUACCGGCAGUGAAUUUCAUGCAACUUCAACCAUACCAUUCAUUACUCAUUAGGUCCAAAAGUCAGCACCUUUCUACCAACACCAAAGCAAGAAUAACUGGUUUGUUUGAUCAAAAAAAAAAAAAAAACUGGUUUGUUUACUGGACAUGAUUGAUGUGAUCAAUAUUAGCCGGCAAAUGUGCACAGUGUGCGAUUACACAGUGAGUGAGAAUAUCUGAGCGAAAAGAAUUUUUACUUUCAUAUCAGCUUUUAGAGUAUCAAUCAGGUAAACUACAUUUUUUUUACUCUUUUACUCUACAUACUAUUAAAAAAAAGAGUAAAACAUUCCACCUUUUUCCCUUAUUAUGACUGUGAAAAAAAAAAAGAGAAUUGCUCUAGCUUUUGCUUUUUUACUUUUAUUUUAUUCUCUAUAAAUUUUCCAGUCCUUUCAAACAGUUUAGAUUACUCCUAGUUAUUCGUACA